AUGAUGGUUCAACGCGCGUUAGCCGCACGAACCAUUUCACAUGCUCGUGGUGGUACAAUCUUAGCAGGUUAUUUGAAAAUUCUUCCAUUAUUUAUGAUUAUUUUCCCUGGGAUGAUUAGCCGAAUCUUAUUUCCCGACACAGUUGCUUGUAAUCAACCCUCUACUUGUCAAUCUAUAUGUCACAACCAACGACGUUGUACCAACAUUGCUUAUCCAACUUUAGUAUUAAACAUUCUACCACAUGGUGUUAAAGGUAUUAUGUUAGCUAUCAUGCUGGCCGCAUUAAUCUCAGGUUUAACGUCGAUCUUUAAUUCUGCAAGUACAAUAUUUACAGUUGAUAUUUAUCCAAAUGUGUUAGCCUUCCGUCGGAAGAACAUAACUAAUCGAGAAUUGAUGAUCGUCGGUCGUCUUUUUGUUAUUCUGAUGACUGUAGUUGGCAUUGCAUGGAUACCAGUCGUUAUUGAACUACAAGGGGUAGAACUUUAUACGUACAUGCAGCAGGUGAUCGGCUUCUUAGCACCGCCAAUCGCUUGCAUUUAUAUAUUAGCAGUUUUAUGGAAACGCACCAAUGAAAGUGGCGCAUUUGCUGGAUUAAUGGUCGGAUUUGUUUUUGGUUUAUUACGAAUGAUACUUGAGUUUUCGAAACAACCACCACUCUGUGGAGAGAAUGAUUCACGAUUUUGGCUGGUGACAAAAGUUAAUUUUAUGUAUUAUUCUUUGUUUCUAUUUUGGUUGACUUUAAUUACAUGUGUGAGUGUUUCACUGUGCACACAACCGCCGACAGAAGAACAAUUAUAUCGAACAACAUUUUGGACGAAAAAUCAACAAAAAUCAACGCCGGAACAUGUACAAAUGCUUGACGCUGUCAAUCAUGAAACUCCAAUUGUCAGUCAGCCGAUCGAUGUCACAAAUACUCUUCCCGAAACACAUCGCGUAGAGAAGCCUGACGGUUGUAACGUGUUCGUGCUUGUGAAAGCGUGUUGGUCAUGGUUUUGUGGUUUGGACGAUGACCAUGACAAUCACCAAGGAAUGGUAGAUAAGGCUCCACAUGAAGAUGUCGAUUUGAUGGCACAUCAUCGUGAAGAACGUCCGUUAAUCAAAUGGAUUCUAAAUAUAAAUUUAAUCAUCAUCCUUCUGCUCGAAAUUUCUUUGAUGGUUCUGUUUUCAUUACCGGUUAAAUAUACAUUCUGGCGAAAUUAA